AGCAUUCGGAUAUUCUCUGACCGAUUCAUAAAGGAGCGCCCUCAAACGGAAUUAAAAAUAAGCGCCAUUUCGAAAAACGUGAGAUAGGAUGGAAGUAACAGACAGUAAUUUACAGUCAUUGGCAGGUUAUUUAGAACAGACAUUGUCCCCUGAUGCAAGUGUUAGAAAAGCAGCUGAAAAGUUUUUAGAGUCUGUUGAAGGAAGCCAAAAUUACCCUUUGUUGUUGCUUACUCUGUUAGACAAAGAUGGUGUUCCAGUUCAUCUCAGGGUCAGCUCAGCUGUCACGUUUAAAAAUUACACAAAAAGAUGCUGGAGAGUGACUGAAGAUGAAGGUGAUAAAAUCCAUAGAAAUGAUAGGACUACCAUCAAACAAAGAAUAGUGGGUUUGAUGUUAAAAAGUCCUGAUCAGAUACAAAAACAGCUUAGUGAUGCAAUAAGUAUCAUUGGAAGGGAAGAUUUUCCAGACAAAUGGCCAGACUUGUUGCAAGAAAUGGUCACAAAAUUCCAAACUGGAGACUUUCAUGUUAUAAAUGGAAUUCUAAUUACAGCUCAUUCCUUAUUUAAAAGAUACAGACAUGAGUUUAAAUCUCAGCAGUUAUGGGCAGAAAUCAAGUUUGUAUUGGAUAAUUUUGCUCAGCCUUUCACAGAAUUAUUUAAUGCAACAAUGGAAUUGGCAAAGACACAUGCAGAAGAUCCAGUUGCUUUAAAAGUCAUCUUCAGUUCUAUAGUGCUAAUUUGUAAAAUAUUUUACAGUCUAAAUUUUCAGGAUUUACCAGAAUAUUUCGAAGAUAACAUGGGCAUCUGGAUGAACCAUUUCUUAACAUUGCUCAGUGCAGAUAAUAAAAUAUUAAGGACACAGGAUGAAGAAGAGGCUGGCCUUUUAGAACAAGUCAAAUCUCAAAUUUGUGAUAAUGUAGCAUUAUAUGCCCAGAAAUAUGAUGAAGAAUUCUCACCACAGUUGCCAAGCUUUGUGACAGCCAUAUGGAAUCUCUUGACAUCUACAGGACAGCAGGUCAAAUAUGAUAUGCUAGUCAGUAAUGCCAUCCAGUUCUUAGCAUCAGUGGCAGAAAGGCCAUCAUAUAAAAGUUUGUUUGAAGAUCCCAGUACACUAGCCAGUAUUUGUGAAAAAGUUAUUGUUCCAAACAUGCAGUUCAGAGAUGCAGAUGAAGAGCUAUUUGAAGAUAAUCCAGACGAAUAUAUUAGAAGGGAUAUUGAGGGUUCUGAUGUUGAUACAAGAAGACGAUCAGCUUGUGAUUUAGUACAAGCUCUAAGUAAAUCAUUUGAAGGACCUGUUAUACAGAAUUUUUCACAAUAUGUAGCAGGACUACUUGAGGAGUAUGGAAAGAACCCCUCCAGCUGGAAAUCAAAAGAUGUAGCUUAUUAUUUAGUAACAUCCUUAGCAGCUAAAGGCCAAACACAAAAACAUGGCAUUACAACAGCCAGUAGUUUAGUUAAUACAGCUGAUUUCUUCACUACACAAGUUGUACCUGACCUUCAGGCAGCAGAUGUAAAUGCAAAUCCAAUUCUAAAAGCAGAUGCAAUAAAAUUCCUGAUGGUAUUUAGAAGUCAGUUACCAAAAGAAGCCCUGGUGGCCAGUUUACCAUGUUUAAUGAAAUUAUUAAAAGCUACAAGUUUAGUAGUCCAUAGUUAUGCAGCACACACAAUAGAAAGAUUAUUAAUGGUUCGAACACCAGAUGGAAAAACGGCAGCAAUUUCAUUAGCCGAUAUACAGCCUUUGUCAACAGAUUUGAUAUCAGGGUUGAUAGAAGCACUAAAUCAUCCUGGAUCAUCAGAAAAUGAAUAUAUUAUGAAAGCUCUGAUGAGAAGUAUGUCUGCAUUACAGGAACAUAUUUUAACUGUUAUACAGCAAGUCAUGGGAGUAUUAACACAAAAGUUAAUAAUAGUCAGUAAAAAUCCCAGCAAGCCCCAGUUUAACCAUUAUUUAUUUGAGUCUUUAUGUAUAGGCAUAAGAACAACAUGUAAACACCAACCUCAAGCUAUAUUUACAUUUGAAGAAGCUUUAUUCAAGCCUUUUACAGAUAUACUACAGGCAGAUGUUCAAGAAUUUAUUCCAUAUGUGUUCCAAAUCCUCUCCUUAUUAAUUGACUACCACACUAGUGGGACAGUUCCUGAUACAUACAUGGCAUUGUUUCCUCACCUGUUAGCUCCAGCUUUGUGGGAGAGACCUGGAAAUAUACCUCCUCUAGUCAGAUUAAUACAGGCUUACAUUGAAAAGGGGGCUAAACAAAUCCCUGUAGAAAAUGUGAAUGGUCUGCUUGGAGUCUUUCAAAAACUAAUUGCAUCCAAAGCGAAUGAUCAUGAAGGAUUCUAUCUACUGAAUUCCAUUAUACAACAUAUGCCAAAGGAGGUUGUGAGUCAGUACAUCAAAAAUAUAUUCAUCCUGUUAUUUCAACGAUUAUCAAGUUCAAAAACAACGAAGUAUAUCAAAAGUUUACUUCUGUUUUUCUGCCUGUUUGCUAUUCAGUAUGGUCCAGAUGCACUCAUUCAGAAUGUAGAUGGAAUUCAAGCUAACAUGUUUGGAAUGGUGAUAGAGAAAUUAUUUUUACAAGAUUUACAGAAAGUAUCUGGAUCAUUAGAACGGAAGAUAUGUGCUGUAGGUGUAACAAAUGUUUUAACAGAAUCGUCAUUGAUGUUCCAAACAUACAAUGCUAUGUGGGCCCAGUUUUUACAAGGAUUAAUUAGCUUGAUAGAAUUACCUGAAGACACCAAUGUUCCAGAUGAUGAGCACUUCAUUGAGAUAGAAGAUACACCAGGAUACCAGACAGCCUAUUCACAGUUAGCUUUUGCUGGAAAGAAGGAACAUGAUCCUGUAGCAGAAGUAACAGAUGUUAAAAUAAACCUUGCCCGACAACUUCACAAAUUAUCUGCUGCUCAUCCUGGAAAGGUUCCAGCUUUAAUAAAUGCAGGACUACAGGCAGAAGCUCAGACAUUUGUACAACAGUACCUAACAGCAGCUGGGGUGACAGUCUGAGAGGAAAUUGAACAAUUACUUAAUACUAAACACAGCAUAUGAACUAGAUUUGAUAAUACCAAAUAAGCAUUUAACAUGAUUUGCUUUUCUGUAUUAUGUAAACACUCAGGCUUUGCUUUGUCCUAAUUUCAUGACUUGAACUUGACAUGAUUUGUGCAUGAAUCAGAAUUUUAAAGUGCUAGUUACAAAUGUAUACCAUGGGUUAAAAGUCUCACUGUCAUUGACUUAAAUUAUUAGAUUUAAAAUCUUAUGUUUAUAUGUCAUUUGCAGUUGUAUGAAUGAUUUGAAAAAUCUGUUAUGAGAGUUUAACAAAAGUAGUCUUUAAGACUUGGUGCUCAGCAAUGGCAUAUUUUGGUGUUGAUUUAUAGUUUGAAUUGAAGAAACUAUUUAUUGUCCUACUGUAAUAUUGUUAUAUAUGUAAACUUGCAACUGAUUUAACUAUGUUUGAAUGUAUUGUAUAUUACAUUGUGACUUGUUAUCUUUAAAUUGCCAUGUUAAUAAUAUUUCUUGACAUCAGUGAA